AUGUACAAGACGCACUUCUUGUCCUGCCUUGCACUAACUCUUGCAUUCAUCGCAGACGGUGCACCUACCUCAGGCUCCAGCAAGGACACCCGGCAGUGUCUGGGGGACGUGAUGGAGGACUUGCGGAAGCUGCUGAGAGAGGUCAAAAACGACAAGACCCCUGAACUCUCCAUGGUGUUCACGUUUAAGUUUUACACGCCCAGGGAGGUCACAGACUUGAAACAGCUACUGUGUCUAAAGGAAGAACUCAAAAGUCUGACGGAUGUGCUAAACGUAACUCAAAGAAAAAACUCCCACUUGAGAGGGAUGGAGGAAUCGGUGAACAACAUCAAUGUCAUAGUUGACAAACUAACGCACCCGUCCGCAGGGGCCCACUGUGAGCGCAAGUCCUCUGCUGUCCUACGGCACCGUGUGGAGCUGGGGAGUGUCAAGGAACCCAAAACAGAAUUCAACUGCAGUUUUGACGAGGAGAUGCUGACCAUCAUCGAGUUCCUGAACAAAUGGAUUGCCCUCUGUCAAAGCAUCUUUUCAAUGCUGCCCUAA